ACAGGCACAACGCGUUUGGACAGCUGACAAACACAAGGUAAACAAAGUGAUGAAGAUGCGAACGAAAAUAUAUCAGUUGAUAUCGAGUCUACGCCAGAUCUGGUCAAGUGUGUAUGGCCUCUACACAAGCAGCACCACUAAGAGCUGGAAGGAAAAACUUCUCCUGGCUUUAACCUGCAUCACCGCCAGCCUCAUUCUGAGCGGUUUACUCUUCCUCAUCCUCCACUAUUCCUUCAAAUGUCUCCUUGAAGUCUCACUUUCCAUUAGCUGUGGCUUUUGUGUAAGUUUAACCCCAGCCAUGUAUUUCUCAGAAAGAGCCCGCUGUUUUGGAGCCCUGCUUUUGAUCUCCAUGGGUUUGAAACAAGUGAGGUCUCUUCUUUUGACAUUCGGAACCAGCUUGGUUAUUUUCUUCAACGUCCAGAACACGUUACGCAACACGAGAUUGCUAGCGAAAGGCCUGCUCUGCAACUUGGAGGAAAAAUUGUUGGAUAUUGACACAGAGCCCCUCGGAAAUUACAUCAAAAUGCUGAAGUGGGUGGGAAAGCAACUUAAAAAGUACUUUGUACAUCUGGAUCUAGCGGACUACUAUGUAGACUUAAAACUUAAGCCAAAAGUUCACUCAGAGAGCUUUAAAAAUCAACUGGCCGAUGCUGAACGAACCCUAAACGAGACCACACGGAGCGUACUCGCGCUGACCGACGUCAUAUCCUCCGCAGGAAAGAUCGUGUGCCCGACGUUAGGUCUUUUCCUUCUGAUGCUUCUCACCGCUCUGUACCUCAGGCGAUUCCAUGUCGACAAAAAGUACAACAACAUAUACAUCACGAAAAAUUUUCUUCGGUUUGAUGAAAAGCAAAGGGAGAAAGGAAAGCCUAGCGUCCUGCCGUUCACCAAAAGCGAAUCGAGACGUUACGUCAUGACGCCGUCUCUUGGUCUGACAGCGCAGCGGUGGAAAGCCAUGCUUAAGUUCAGUAUUCCCGUAUUCACCCACUGUCUCGCCUGGCUGGUGUUUAUCGGUCUGGACAGCAUGAUUUACUGGCUUAUUGUGGUUAUAAGUAAGCGUCUUGGGGAUCUGGAGCCACUUCAUGUUCCUGUGGGCAUUAAACUUCAGGAGGCCACUUUAUUUUUAGGUUUACCAGUUGAAACAAGUGCAAAAAUGGAAAACUUUUCCUACACGGUGUCUCUGUUCGAGAAGAAGUGUUUGCCUGAACCUGAACUGUGGCUCUACAGAUCUCUGGUUCCACUGUCUGUCAUACUGGUAUCACUGGUUCUUCUGAGCCUGCUGUCGUCGCAACUCACGCAGCUCAGAGUUGUGCUGUCUGAGCAGUUUUUCUCAGAUGUUGCAGAGAAGCGUGCUGCCUAUCUGCAUGCCAAGAUCUUAAGAAAGCGUCACAAACAUGAAGCUGAAGAGCUGCACGGAGAGCUGAAGACUUUAGCCAUGCAGCCCAGUUUUUGGUGCCCCCUACUCUUCCAUAAGCACAGAAAAGACACAGAUCCUGUUUAAAUGUCUGAGGUUUGUCUGGUGAUCACAGGUUUGAUAUAAUACACACCACGUUAGAUUGCAAAAUCGGUUUGCGCAACGCUUUGUGUUAAGCUUGUACUGUAUGGAGGGGCCUGGGACCACAGGGGACUAGGUGUUGCCUUCCUAGUGUAUGUAAUGCGAUCCAGCUGACCCAGGUAGUCAGCAUGUGCUACAGCUUUCCUGUAGCUCAGUGGCAAGAGCAUGGCGUUAGCGACACCAUGGUCAUGGGUUCGAUCCCAGAGGACUGCACAUACUUAGAAACAAAUGUAUAGUAUAAUGCAAUGUAAGUCGCUUUGGAUAAAA